AUGGGACCCCGGGCCAGGGAAGUCUGCUCCCUCAUCAUCCUGCUGCGGCUCCUGGCUGAGCCGGCUGAGAACUCAGACUUCUACUUGGCUGGGGAUUACCUCCUCGGCGGCCUCUUCACCCUCCAUGCCAACGUGAAGGGCAUCGUCCACCUCAACUUCCCGUAGGUGCCCCAGUGCAAGGGGUAUGAAAUAAAGGUGUUGGGCUACGAUCUCAUGCAGGCCAUGCGCUUUGCAGGGGAGGAGAUCAACAGCCAGAGCAGCCUGCUGCCUGGCGUGCUGCUGGGCUACAAAAUGGUGGAUGGCUACAUCUCCAACAAUGUCCAGCCCGUGCUCCACUUCCUGGCAAAGGAGAACUGUUCCUUGCCCAUCCAGGAGGACUACAGCCACUGUGUGCCCUGUGUGGUGGCUGUCAUUGGCCCUGGCAACUCUGAGUCCACUGUAACUGUGGCCCGCUUCCUCUCUCUCUUCCUCCUUCCACAGGGGAGGCCCCUGGGUCCUGGGAUCACCUACAGCGCCAUCAGUGACGAGCUACGGGACAAGCAGUGCUUCCCGUCCCUUCUGCGCACAGCGCCGGGCGCAGAUCACCAGAUCGAGGCCAUGGCGCAGCUGAUGUUGUACUUCCCCCGGAACUGGAUCAUCGCGCUGGUGAGCAGCGGCGACUGCGGCCGCGACGACAGCCAGCUGCUCAGCGAUCGCCCGGCCGGCGGCGACACCUGCAUCGCCUUCCGGGAGACGCUGCCCAUGCCCCAGCCCAACCAGGCGGUGACGCAGUGGGAGCGCCGGCGCCUGAAGGCCAUCGUGGACGAGCAGCAGCGGCAGAGCUCUGCGCGCGUCGUUGUUGUCCUGUUGUCGCCAGAGCUGGUCCUGCACAACUUCUUCCGCGAGGUGCCGCAGAACCUCACGGGCGUCGUGCGGAUGGCCUCCGAGUCCUGGGCCAUCGACCCGGUCCUGCACGACAGGCCCACGCGCUGCACAGCCUCCCGGGCUGCACCCAGACCAGCCGCUCCGAGCGGGUCAUCUAUCUCUGGCAGUGGUGAGCAGUGGUUCGUGGCUUUGAACCCAGGUCGGCCCUUUGAACCCACCGAUUUUCCCACCCUUCGCUUCCUUUCCCUGUGGCCUCUCCAGCUGCUUCAGGAAAUCUGGAAGGUCAACUUCACCCUCCUGGGCCACCAGAUCUUUUUUGGCCAGCGAGCGGACCUACUCAUGGGCCUGGAGAUCAUCCAGGGACGGUGGGACCUGAGCCAACCUUUCCGGAGCAUCGCUUCCUACUGCCCGGUGCUACGACGGCUGAGGGCCAUCUGUGACGUCUCCUGGCACACGGCCAACAACACGAUCGCUGUGUCCAUGUGUUCCAAGGACUGCCAGCCUGGGCAAAGGAAGAAGCCCGUGGGUAUUCAUCCCUGCUGCUUCGAGUGUCUCGACUGCCUUCCAGGUACCUUCCUCAACCAAACUGCAGAUGGGACUCACGAGUUUGGCUGCUGGCUCUGCCCGAGUUGCGGGUGGUCCCGGAGGAACGACGCUUCCUGCUUCAAGCGGCGGCUGGCCUCCCUUGAAUGGCGCGAGGCACCCACCGUCGCUGUGGCCGUGCUGUCCAUUCUGGGCUCCCUCCGCACACUGGCCAUCCUGGUGAUCUUCUGGAGGCACCGCCACGCGCCCAUGGUUCGUUCGGCCGGGGCCCGGUGCUUCCCGAUGCCACUGCUGCUGGCAUAGGUGACGGUCCCCAUGUACGUCGGGCAGCCCACGUUUUUCAUGUGCCUCAGCCGCCAGACCCUCUUCACCCUCUGCUUCACCGUCUGUAUCUCCCGUGUCACCGUGCGCUCUUUCCAGAUCGUCCGCGUCUUCAACAUGGCCAGGCACCUCCCACGUGCCUACGGCUACUGGGUCCGCUACCACGGGCCCUGUGUAUUUGUGGCGUCCUUCACAGUGCUCAAGGUGGUCAUCGUGGCGGGCAACGUGCUGGCCACGACCACCGAGCCCGCCGCCUGCCCCGACCCUGAUGACCCCAAAAUCACGGUUCUCACCUGCAACUACCACAACGUGCUGCUGUUCAACACCAGCCUGGACCCGCUUCUGUCCGUGGCGGGCUUCAGCUUCGCCUACGUGGGCAAGGAGCUGCCCACCACCCACAACGACGCCAAGUUCUUCACCUUCCGCGUGACCUUCUGCUUCACCUCUUCCAUCUCCCUCCGUACCUUCAUGUCUGUCUAUGAGGGGGUCCUGGUCACCAUCCUGCACCUCGUGGUCGCAGUGCUCAACCUUCUGGGCGCUUUGCCCUUGGGCUACUUCAGCCCCAAGUGCUGCGUGGUCCUCUUCUACCCGGAUCGCAACACGCCCGUCUACUUCAGCAGCAUGAUUCAGGGCUACACCACGGGAAGGACUAGCGCUGCCCCCUGGCUGCCCAGGGGGCCAGAGGGCUCCGCCCUGGGAGAUGGAGACCGGGCGUGGGGCUGGGGGUGGUGGUGA